AUGGGCUUCGGCUCCUUCGAAUCGAUCUGCAAACAAUCUGCGCUCCCUCUGUGUUACAUCUUGGGCCCUCCCGCCGAUUUCACAACUGCCAAAAACCCUGUGCUGUUGCCAGGAUGCAGUGCCCGAUCCAUCGAACUGGCUAACACCAUCAUUUUCCAAGCCGCCACCGACUUUGCCCACAUCGCAGCCCUCUUCAUGACCGCCAUUAUGAUCUUCCACGUCCGGUCCAAGUUCACAGCAGUCGGGAGGAAAGAGAUCUUGACCUUCUUUUACAUAUACAGUCUGUUGACCAUCAUUAGCCUGGUACUGGAUGCUGGCGUGAUUCAGGCAACAAGUGGGAGUGCAUAUCCUUGGUUUGUGGCGGUGCAGAACGGCCUGGCUACCGCACUAUGCACGAGUCUGUUGAUCAAUGGGUUUGUUGGCUUUCAGCUCUAUGAGGAUGGCACCACACUCUCGAUUUGGCUGUUGCGGCUCGGCAGUCUCAUCAUGUUCGUCAUCAGUUUCGCCGUCAGCCUGCUCACCUUCAAGAGCUGGGCAGGCUUGUCGCCGACGAGCACGACGGGCCUUUUCAUCGUUCUGUACAUCAUCAAUGCCAUCUUCCUCGCAGUUUACUUUGUCAUGCAAAUCAUCCUCGUCGUCAACACUUUGCAGGACCGGUGGCCAUUGGGCGAUCUCGCCUUCGGAGCUUUUUUCUUCAUCAUUGGCCAAGUCAUCCUCUAUGUGUUCGGGAAGAGAAUUUGCGAGGGAGUCAGCCACUAUCUGGACGGCUUGUUCUUUGCCACAGUUUGCAAUCUACUAGGAGUAAUGAUGGUGUACAAGUAUUGGGACAGCAUCACCAGAGAGGAUCUCGAAUUCAGCGUCGGCACUAAGCAAGGCCAUUGGGAUGUCAAAGAGGCGUUCCUCGACCCUUCAGGUGAAGAUUAUCGAACCAGUCUGUACGGUGGAGGAAACGCCCCCACCGGGAGAGAAUCGGUUUACGACGCCAGUAGCAUGAGCUUGGACUAUGCCCCUCAAGUACCCGCUCACUUCCAUCAACAUCCAUCAAUCGGCCACCAAUAUGGCAACCAACAGUCUCACGGCCUGAGUCAUCAGUACUCGUCAAGUCGAGAUCGGUUGUCGGCCUAUGGACAUUUGGUUGAAGGAAGACAAAGCUACGGAGAUAUUAGAAGGCAAUUGCCGAAUUAUGAGGAUUACUCGGAUCCGCAGAUGCAACGUUCAGGAUUGAGGAGUCGUGACGGCACAAGGGAGAGGGAGAGGGACUAUGCCUAUUGA